AUUUAUUUAUUAGUUUUUUCUUUGAAGUAUUAAAUUAAAGACCAGGAUUAGACAAAUCUUUCAGCAUCCACUUACUUUUCUCGUUUUUUCCUAUAGGAUGUCUGAGAGCUGGUUUCACUUUCCUUAAACGGUGGAUUCUCAAAAAGGCUGUAGCACUACGGAGAGAGAAAGCAGAUCAGACCAUCGGCAUCAUGGAUAUACCUGUCGAGAUCCAAAAUUUCAUCCGUGUAUGGUUUGCAGCUAUCGGAGCUUUAUGCUUUUGUUACUACUUCCUAACCCGUAUUCCUAGCGGCAUCCUUAGACUCCUCUUCGUUCUCCCUAUAGUCUAUUUCUUCCUUAUUCUCCCUCUCGAUCUCUCUUCUUUCCAUCUUGGCGCCCCCACAAUUUUCUACCUCGUUUGGCUUGCCAAUUUUAAGCUCCUUCUCUUUUGUUUCGAUCAAGGACCUUUAUCCUCUUACUCUUCUUUACCUCUUCUUCAUUUCCUUUCCAUCGCCCUCCUCCCCGUUAGAGCCAAACACGUCACUAGAGACGAUGACAACAACAACAGACCCAGUGUAAUUUCACAAGUAGGGUUUGAGAAGAAUAGUGUGUACGCAGAUCUUACCUCUACCUUGGGAGGCCGAGAGACUAGAAGCUCGGCACAAGAAAAAACGCCUAAAAGCAAAUACGCAUUGGAAGAGAGAGAAGUUGUUUCUGAUAAACAUGUCAUUCGAGACAACAACAACAAAUCCACCGUAAUCCCACAAGUGGAAUCUAAGCUGGCAGGCAGAAAGACUAUUUCUGAUAGACCCUUGAUUCAAGAAAAAACAUUUAAAAGCAAAUACAUAUUGGAAGGUAAAGCGUUUGUUUCUAAUAAACACGUCACUGGAGAUGGAUCCAGAAUUUCAACUCAUUCGGGUUUGAUAUGGGUAAAAUUAAUCCUUUUGGGAGCUAUUAUAUGGGCCUACAAUUACAGGGAGCUUUUACACUCAAAUGUGAUUUUGGUUCUUUAUUGCCUCCAUGUUUUCUUAGCUGUGGAAUUGAUCCUUGGUGUUACAGUUGUUCCAGUAAGAGCUCUACUAGGACUAGAAAUUGAGACCCAAUUCAACGACCCAUAUCUCGCCACGUCACUUCAGGACUUUUGGGGCCGUAGAUGGAACUUAAUGGUACCGGGUAUUUUACGCCCGGCGGUUUUUUUUCCGGUUCGGGCUAUUUCAACCCGUGUUUUAGGGAAGGAAUUGGCGAUAUUGCCGGCUAUUUUUGCAACAUUUUUGGUGUCUGGCUUAAUGCAUGAGUUAAUUUAUUAUUACCUCUCUCGUGCGGGACCUACUUGGGAAGUGACAUGGUUUUUUGUGUUACAUGGGAUUUGUGUGUGUGUUGAGGUUACAUUGAAGAAAGUUUUGGGUGGUGGAUGGCAGAUUAAUAGAGUGGUUUCUGGAGUAUUAACGUUGGGGUUUGUUGCUUGGACUGGUGAUUGGCUAUUUUUCCCACAGAUUAUUAGGUAUGGGUUAGACCAAAAAGCCAUUAAUGAGUAUUAUGUUUUGGUAGGUUUUUUCAAAGAUAGGUUGCUACCAGUUUUGAGAUUUUAGAUUUUGUUGUUUCUUGUGUACCCAUAUUGGGAUGGAGUUGGCUCCAUUUUGAAAAGAAACAGUGUACACUGUUGUAUUUUAGUUCUUUCUAUAUUUCAUUUUAUUUGGCAUUAU